AUGUCAGACAACAAGGAAGAGCAGUCCUUCAACAUCCUUCCCCAUCCGGCCAAGACCAACAACCCCUCUGACCUCAACUCUGAGCCUGCCGCUCACGGUGGUCUCCAGAGCGCUGGCGCGAACGCGUACACCGCCAAGGGCCCGCAUGUGCCCUCCGCGGAUAUCGCCAACAGCCUGGAGCAGCCCAAGUCUAGGGAGGAGCUCAAGGCUGAGGCCGAGAAGCUCAACAAGUAA